UCCCUUUUUUAUCUUAUGAAAAAAGUCCUGAUUUUCAUCGUUUUCAAAAAUCCCGCCAGACAUGAAUUCUCCCUCCAACUUGUGCAAAAUUGACCUUCUUCAAAAGCAAGAACUACAAACACCUUCAAUUUUUCCCAGCAUUUUGUUUCAGAAUCUCUUAAGCUUCAUUAACAACUAUUUCAAUGGAGCACCAAGAUGACCUUGAUCUUCUUCUCUCUCUUCAAGACCGUGUUCUUGAAACUCCUCCUUCUUCUCCUACUCCUUCUCAUCCCAACUCCCCUGCUGAAUUUGUGCAGGUUAUCAAUCAGAUGAUGAAAUGCGAAGACCAAGUGGAAAUGUGGACAUGUCCGCCUUCAGGACUGCUGUUGAGGAUUGUAUGGACUAUGAUGUUGAAACAGCUAAAAAAGCUCUCAAAUCGAUUCGUUCAAAAAAUUCAACUGAUCUUGAUGUUGAAAAGUUUUCGGGUCUUCGAAUCCGGAAUCAAGUAGUUUCAUCAGCAGAGCUUAGCAACCAGUUUUCGGAUAUUCGCUUUGUCCGACUGUCUUCCAUAAAGAAUCUGAUAAGAGGGGAGACUCUAUCAGGUUGUUGGGCAACUGUUGGGGUUCUAACUGAGAAAGGAACUAAAAAAACAAGCACUACCGGGAAAGGUUAUUGCAUAUGGAAGGUUGGGUGUUUGGAUGGGCAGCUCAUAACAAUUUUCUUGUUUGGUGAUGCUUACAAGCAGCACAGUAAAGAACCAGCUUCAACUGUUUUUGCCUUCUUCAACGCGAAUGUUCGCAAAGAAGCUUCUGGUUCAGGUUUCCAAUUGAGUGUUUUUAAUGCAAAUCAAAUCUUGAAGAUUGGUACUUCUGUUGAUUAUGGAGUUUGCAAAGGACGGAGGAAAGAUGGUCUUCCUUGUAGUAUUGUUGUAAACAAACGUCUUGGGAUAUACUGCAGCUUCCAUAGGGUGAAAACUUCGGAGAAAUACACUGUCACACGUUCUGAGCUCAAAGGAGGGAAUAUAAGAACAGCUUUUAGGAAUCCACGUCAGCCAGAAGGAAUUUAUAUGGUUGAUCCUUUGGGAGACAGAGCAAAUGCAAUGAGGUCUAAAAAGCCUCAAAAAGUGUUGUCUGUUGAAGGAUUGAAGAAAGCCCUGAGCAAUGCAGGUCAUGUGACUACAAACUCACACUCUCAAGGGAUAAGAUUUCUCAAUGAGAUUACAGUCAGUAGGAGCACAACAACAGCAAAAGAUGAACAUGCCCAGAAAAACCAAGUGAAGAGUGGCUCAAUAAAAAGAUCAGGCUCAUCCGUCACACAAAAAAAUCAGGUACCAGAUCCAAAGAGAGUAAGAACGGAGUCGAAGCAAGUUCCAUCUCAAAAUCUUAAGGAAACAACAAAGAAGAUGAUAGAAUUGGAUUAUGUCAGCUCAGAUGAUGAUUGUUUUGCAUUGUAACAGUUGGCAGAGCUGCACCCAAAACUUCUGCAUUGUAAGAUCUAAAGGAAUUGAAUAAGAUGAAUGCUCGAAAAUUUAAAGGCAUUAGGCAUUGAUGUGUCAGAUUGAGAGUACUAUUCAGCAAUCAGUAGAAAAUUGAUCUGAAAUGUGCAGUGUACGAAGCUUGAAGAUGAACUGUGGACUUUGGGGGAAAUGUAAAGCAAAGGAAUCAGCUACAUAGUACUUCAUUCACAAACUACAAUCAGAGGGAAAUGCGAUGAAAUUUGUUCAUGGGUCUUAAUUACCAUCUCCGUAAAUUACCAAUUAAGCUAAUUUGCAUCUACCGUUUGGAGGAAGUAUUGCUAAUCUCAUGAUUAUUCUUUUUUUCCUCAUUUAACUAGGGGUAUUAUUUCUACUCGUCAUCCUCACAAAAAAAAUGUUCAUAUCUUUGUAGAUUGAUACUAUUAUGAUCUUUGUUUUUGUUUUUUUUUUUGAGGGGAAUUGUAAUCUUUGUUAACUUUCAUCAUUAAUGUUUAUCAUUAUGUCAUGGAAUAGGAAAAUACUAGAGCUCAUCAACUCA